AUGCGUCUUGGAGAUUUUUCACUUGAAAUUCUUAUUGAAAAUAAAGUACUUCCGGAAUAUGAAAUACCAAAAGAUGAUAAUACAAAGUUGGUAUCUUAUUCUCGAGAAUCUAUUAAUAAAAGAGAGUUUCUAAAUAUAGAAAGUAAAAAUGUGACUUAUGUUGCAGUUCCGGAGUCUAACUGUCAUUUUGCUAUUAGAGUUGGAAUACAUUCUACAAAAGAUCCGAACUUGUUUAAAGGGGAACAUGUUGUUGAUGGAAAAAAUGAUAAUACACAUAUGGAAAUUGAUCCAAAGAACGAACCAUAUACCUAUAUGUAUGGUUUUUACAAUCAUAACAAAUCAGUCUUUCAUUUAUUUAAAUUUGAUUCAGCAAAUUGGAAGGAUGAUAAUGUUUUCGUAUCAAAUAUACCAAGAAUUACUCCAUCAAAAAUCACAAAAAAUAAAGGUCAAUUAGGAGCUAUUUCCGUAUACAUUUAUAAAGCUAAAAAAAUGCCGGAAAAAAGGACUAAUUGGAAAACUAAUAAUAAUAAUCAAGAACGACUUACAACUUGUGGGGAAGACCUCGAUUUUGAUCCUGCUGAUAUAAUUUUUACUCCUAAACAAGAUGAACCAUUUAUAAAUUUGAAAACUCUUCAUCCUCAUCCAGUUGCAAAAUUACAUAUUCAUUAUCAAACAAAACAAUGGCUUAAUAAUCAUUAUAAAUCUAAAGGAUUAAAUAUUCCCAACAUUCUAAACGAAGCAAAUCAGCAACAAAUUUAUAGAAAUUGA